CACUUCCGGUUGAAACUGACUGCGGGACUACAACAGUCGUUCGUCAUAUAUUUUUUUCUCCUAUAAAAUUCAAUCUACAGCAGUACUUGUAAGUGAAAAAAAGUAAAAGAAUAUGAAAUGAAAAGUUUGUCUAUCCAUAAAAAUAUCUAAUUUCGAUUGAGUUUAUAAACUCAUCUUAUUUCCCAUCAAGAAUGUAGAACAAGCGCGUACUGUCCGCCAUUGUUAGAGAAUGAGAAUGAAUUUUUGUCACUGUAAUACAAGAUUUAGCUCGCAUAUAAGAGUGAAUCCCUCGUAUAGAUAGCUUCUUGCAUAAGGAAUGCACAUCUCAUAACAGAAGUUCGUUUUCAUAGUUUAGCGUCUCUUCAAGAGCUUAAAUCUAAACGAGCGUGUUCUGUAGUCGAAUGAGAAAAUUAUUUCCUUUUGUGUAUAUCAAUUAUAUAAAAAUAAUAUCAUUUUUUUUUCAAAAGUGGAAUGCGUCUGUAUAUGUUCAUAUGGCUGAUCAACUUGACAAAGAAGUAAAAGGAAGAAGUAGACGUCAUUCAGCUUCAAAACGAACUGCGCCAAGUAAACGCACAAGAAGUUCGACCGGUCGAUUGGAGAGUGAUAGUCAACUGGAGGGGCUUGGUUCGUACAAUACACGCAGUCGAAGGUCAACCGAUUUAAAGCGAGAUCGUCCUUCAACAUCCACCGAAGACACCGAAGUAAGAAAGAAAGUUACACCGGCUAAGAAAAUUAAAUCGGAAUCCGACUCCCCGCCUGAUUCUGAAGAACGAGCAUUACGUUCAAACAAACGAGCUUCUCUUCUACCAGGAUUACCACCAAAAAGAAGAUCUAGAAGAAGUCUAUCUAUAGAACACGUAAAGAAAAAGAAAACAUCUAAAAGACAAGCAAGAAGCAAAGGCAAAACGGGUACUUGUGCUAGCAGCAGUGGUCGUCGAACUUCGGUUCUGACGUCGUCUGGGCGUUUUGGCACCGGAGUAACCCAAAAUCGUUCAGCAGAAGAGGACACAAGAACCCAGGAUACAAUGGCUGAUGAACAACCUACUACGGCAGGGGAAUCCAAAAGUUUGGGUCCGGGCGAUGAUAGGACAUCCAACGCAGCUUCCUCUGCUUCGCUAACUGUCGUUCCUGGAGGAGCCGCAGGCCCAUCAACUUCUGGUUUGAAUAGUGCUGCAGCUGCAGGACCGUCUUCCAGCUUCGCUUUCUCAUUACCCUUGAGUGACGAAGAUGAAGCAGAUGUUGGACGAUUACAGGCAUUGUUGGAAGCUCGCGGCUUACCGUCUCAUCUGUUUGGUUCUAUAAAUUCUAGAAUGCAUCAUUUUCUGCAGAGAACUAUGAUGUCUGGAAAUCAUAAUUUGGCCAAAGCUCAACAGUUGGUUCAAGGCCUUGAAGCAUCUGGAGAUGAAGCUACUCAACUGUCGGCAGUCAUGGAAUUGUGUCAGAUGCUGGUAAUGGGAAACGAAGAAACUUUAUCAGGGUUUCCAGUGAAACAGGCCGUACCAGCUCUUAUUACUCUUCUUAAAAUGGAACAUAAUUAUGAAAUGAUGAAUCAUGCCUGCCGUGCUCUCUGUUAUAUGAUGGAUUCUCUGCCACGUUCUUCUGCCAUAAUAGUAGAGGCUGUCCCUGUUCUAUUAGAAAAACUACAAUCAAUAAGUUGCAUGGAUGUUGCUGAGCAGGCUUUAAGUGCCUUGGAAACGCUUUCAACACGUCACAGUCGUUCUGUUAUGCAAGCUGGUGGUGUCAACGCCGUCCUCACAUACAUCGAUUUUUUCAGUUUAGCAGCUCAACGGAGUGCACUAGCUAUUGCGGCUAAUUGUUGUUUGAAUGCCACCGCCGCUCAAUGGUCAGCUGUGAGGGAAAGCUUAGCUGCCUUAUCAGCUCGAAUCAAUCCUAGUCAUGAUCAAAAAUGUAUCGAAAGUGCUUGUUAUUGUUUCACAAGGCUGGUGGACAAUGUACAGAAUGAAGAAAAAUUCUUAAAGGAAUUGGUAGCACAUAGUCUACUCACUAAUCUUCAACAACUACUCUCUAUAAAUCCUCCAAUCUUAUCAACAAAUACGUUUGUGGCUGUAAUUAGAAUGUUGGUCGUUAUGUGCUCCAAUUGUCCAGAUUUGGCAGUAGUAAUAUUAAAACAAAAUAUGAAUGAAACGAUUCAGUAUUUGUUGGUUGGCAGUGGAGAUAUUCUUGUUCAAAGGACUCCUCAAGAACACUAUGAGUUGGUAAGUUUAAUAGCAGAACUGAUGCCAACUUUACCGAAAGAUGGAAUUUUCGCUAUCAAUGAAACACUUAGUUCUAAAGUUGGAACAACAAACAUUUGGCAAUGGUGUGACGACGGAGGUGUUUGGAGACCGUAUUCUUAUGAACAUUGCAGAUUAAUUGAUGCGAGUGAGGAUGGAGGUGAAGAAGAAGCAAAUUUAACCAUAAAUGGUGAAUCUUACACGUUGGAUCUUCUAAACAUGACUCAAACAAAUGAUGAUACUGGAACAACUCGAUCAAUACAGCGAGCUCCAAAAAUUAUACCUAAAACGCAGCAAAGUCCAAAAGUUGACUCUCGAGCUGAAGUCUUGGCUGAAAAUGAAGAAUUAGCAUCAUCUCUAAUCAAGUCUCUUUUUGGGGUGUUAUAUCAAAUCUAUAGUUGCUCCGCAGGGCCUCAAGUUAGACAUAAAUGCGUGCAAGCGAUCCUCAGAAUGGUUCACUUUGCCUCUCCCGAAAUUUUACGGGAGGUUUUAAGUCAACACACAGUGUCGAGUCAUGUAGCUGCUAUGUUGGCAUGUAAUGAUUCAAAAGUUGUUGUCAAUGCAAUGCAGUUGGCUCAUUGUCUAAUGUCAAAAUUACCUGAUGUUUUUGGUGUAUAUUUUGUAAGGGAAGGUGUUAUGCAUCAAAUGUUGUCGUUGCGUAAAACUUCGUCAACAGACUUGGCAGUUCGUAGAAAGAAACCUCAAAAAAGAAGUCCGAAGAGACAUAGCGAUCAGAAGGUUGUCUCUAAUUCUGAUGAUAGUAAACCAACAACAAGAUCUAGGGCUGCAGCAUUACACGAGAAGGAAAAAGAGAAAGAUAAAAAGAAAAGUGGUGGCAAAAGCUUCCUGCAAAACCUAAAUCCUACUCGUUGGGGAAAGUCUCAACAAACUAUAGGAUCCAAUAAAAUAUCUAAGGAAGCGCCUCCUCCCUCUCUUUCCAAUCGAAUAGAUGUUGGAAUUAAAGAAAAGGUUCGAGAUUGGAUUAGGUCAGAAGCAGAUACUUUUUUGAAAAGCUACUUCAGUGAGGAAAGUGGAAAAAAUCCUGCUUUACAAAUAUUCAACACUCUAGAAUCUGCAACAAAACGAAUAUUUGAAGAUGAAGAAGCUUUAAUCGAAAUAGCUUUGUUAAUUCAUGAGAGUGACGCGUCAGCAUUUGAAAUAGUUCAUUCUGGCUUGAUCGAAAAGCUGAAUGAGUUUCUUACCGGUGGCGACGAAAGGCUACGAAAGUUUUUGGAGGCAUUUGUGACCAAAGAUGAAAAUUCUAAUAGAAAUUUACCUGAUUGUGGAAAACCUGAUAAACUAAGAUCUCUCGUCGUUAGACUCUUAGACUGUCUUCAUCACUUGGAGCAAUUGGAAGUAAAAGUCCAUGAUAUGCCAAGACACGCCAGCAGUAGACACACAAAUGCUUUCAGAUUCUUAAUGACUCAGCAAAUGAAAUGUCAGCUUAAAAGACAUCCAAUGUGCAGAAACCUUCACCAAUGGCAUUCUGGUCCAGUAAAGAUAGAAGCUUUGGCUACAGCAUCAGCAAUAGAGAGAUAUCUAACUGGCCGAGGUUAUGCUACACUGAAAGAAAAUGAAGAGGAAACGGACGGAGAGAAUUCUGAUGAUAGCGAUGAUAUUGGUCCUAUACCUGUUAGAGGCGAUGUCACACCCGAACUAGAAAUUCUUAUAAAUGAUACAGUUAUUCAACCAAAUAUGACUAUCUACCAAGCUAUAAAGCAAAUAAAGGGUGAUACAGAUACAGAUACUGAGAAUGAACAGACUGUGUUUUCUCAAACUCAUGUUCUUUUUUAUCGUCCCGCAUCUGACCGUAAUUCAACAUCGAACACCGUCCCGCCAACAGCAAAAAAGAGUCGGAAGGGGUCUGCAAGCGCCAAAAAAGAUCGCUUGUGGAACGAGGGUGUUUGUCCACAGAGAACCAGAAUUUUAGAUAGUAUAAUAAAAAAGAAACUUAAUUUUUCUUCUUGGAAUGAUCCCUGUUUAUCAGUGGCUCAAUUGCUCCGAAAUGUUCACUCUAUGUGUCAACAUUGGUACUCUUUGUACUCUAGAAGCUGCUCAGAUGGAUCCUUAUUACAACAUUCCGCUUUUCAGUCAUCGAAACUAACUGCAAAGGCAAAGAGGCAAUUGCUAGAUCCUCUUGUGAUAAUGACUGGUCACCUGCCAAAUUGGUUAACCCAAUUAGUACCCCAAUGUCCUUUUCUCUUACCAUUUGACACUCGAAAGUUGGUCUUUUGCUUAACAACAUUUGACCGAGAAAGGUCACUAAACAGACUUCAAUCAACGUUUUCUGACCCUCUUACUGAAAACUCAGAUAGAAUAGGACCCCGAUUGGACAGAAAGAAAAAAGUAGUAUAUAGAGAGAACCUUUUGGCGGAUGCUGAACAAAUUAUUGAAGAAACAGCCCAUAUGAGAGCUAUUUUAGAAAUUCAAUAUUCUGACGAAGUAGGAACGGGUUUAGGUCCAACGAUGGAAUUUUUUAGUCUUAUAAGCCGAGAAUUACAAAAAACCGAGCUGAAUUUAUGGAGGAGUCCAGAAGUGGUUGAAGAUCAUAUUUUUGCUCCCCAAGGACUUUUUCCUGCUCCACUUGCACGAAAUGCAAAAACUUCGGUUGUUAAUAAAGUGAAGAGUAAAUUUCGAUUUUUGGGUAGAUUAAUGGCCAAAUGCCUGAUGGACUCAAGAUUGAUGGAUUUACAUUUAUCAACAGUUUUUUACAAAUGGAUGUUGGGUUUGGAAAGUAGCCUCGGCAGUGAAGAUUUAAAAUACAUUGAUGAAGAUUUAGCUAGAAGUUUCCGGCACCUAGAAAAUAUGAAUGAAAGUCUGGAAAAGGGAGAAAAUUGUGAAGUAGAAGAUUUGGACCUUAACUUUACUUUACCUGGUUAUCCAGAAGUUGAACUUAAGAAAGGUGGCAAAGAUACAACUGUCACAGCUUGCAAUUUAAAAGAAUAUUUAGACUUACUCGCUUAUUGGACGCUAGUGGAAGGUGUACAACGACAGAUGGAAGCCUUCAGAGAUGGUUUUGAAAGCGUUUUUCCCCUGUCAAAUCUGAGGAUAUUUUACCCAGAGGAAUUAGAUUGUGUAUUUUGUGGGGAUCGUUAUGCACCGUGGGAUUAUAAUAUGUUACUGGAGAGUUCUAAAACAGAUCAUGGUUACACACAUGAAUCACAGGCCGUCAAGUUUCUCUUUGAAAUACUCUCAUCCUACAGUAAGGAUGAGCAAAGGAAUUUCCUACAGUUUGUAACUGGUUCACCUAGACUACCCGUUGGUGGUUUUAAAGCCCUAACUCCACCACUUACUAUAGUUCGAAAAACUGUUGUUACGCCGGAAAAAGCCGAUGAUUUCCUACCCUCUGUUAUGACUUGCGUUAAUUAUUUGAAACUACCCGAAUAUUCAUGUAGAGAAGUUAUGAUGGAAAAGUUGACGAUAGCUGCAAAUGAAGGACAGCUUUCUUUUCACCUGUCGUGA